ACUGGCGGCCGCUCCUGACCCGGAAUCGGAUCCUGGUCCCGCCCCCUCCACCAGGCUUCCUUCUGCAACAGGCGUGGGUCACGCUCUCGCUCGCUCUCUUUCUGCCGCCAUCUUGGUUCCGCGUUCCCCGCACAAAAUGCCUGGUGAAGCCACAGAAACCGUCCCUGCUACAGAGCAGGAGUUGCCACAGCCCCAGGCUGAGACAGCUAUGCUUCCUGUGUCUUCAGCCUUGAAUGUCACUGCUGCCUUAGGGCAGCCUGAAUCUACCCUUCCCCCUUCUUGUUCCCUGGCUCCCCAACAAUGCCCUCUGGCAACCCCUAACCAGCCUUCCCCAUCCCUUUCUCCCUCUAGUGUUGCUUCAACCCCUUUUGAAGCUCCUUUUCCCCAGUCAUCCUCUGGGACAGCCCUGCCUUUGGGAGUUGUCCCUUCCCCCACUGACACCCCAGCUUUCCUGCCAAACCUACUAGGGCCUCCCAUCUCCCCAGCUGCCUUAGCUCUGGCCUCUCCCAUGAUAACUCCAACUCUGAAAGGCGCCCAUUCUUCUUCAGCUCCCUUGGCUCUGGUGGCCUUGGCUCCCCACUCAGUUCAGAAGAACUCUGCUCAUCCACUUAACCCUCUUAGUUCACCUCCUUCGAUUGCUGUGACUAAGUCAGGGUCGGUGACCUCCCUGUCAUCUCCCAUUGCUUCCUCAGAACCAAAGACCUCUCCUAUUCAAGACCCCUUACAAGUAGACCCUCGAAAAAUUACCCCCAUCCCUCCAAGUAUAGUCAGUGCUGUUCCUGCCCAUGUUGGAACUCCCUUGGCCUCUGUUCAGUCUGGAGUAGCCCCAUGUCCUCAGAUGCCACCCACCACUCCCCUAGCCAUCACUCCCCCUCAGUUCAGAGACAUCCCUGUUUCCUCAGCUCUGACUUCUCAACAAAACAAGGAAAGCCUCAGCCUAAAGGGACCCCAUAGUUCGCCUGCUGCCUUAUCUGUUUCAACCCAGUCUAUUUCUGUGUCUCCCAGCAUCUCUCCAGUUUUUCUCCCUUCUCUAGGCUCUCACCCUGCACCUUUACAUCAGACUUCUCUUGGUUCUCCUAUUCAGCCCUUAGGUCAAACAGGCCAUAAUGUUCUGUCAGAUGCUAUACUAGAUGCCACUUCUGCAGAUCAUUCUUCCACAGGGACCUCUUACCCUUCUCAGAGAUCUGUAAUUCCUCCCCCUCCUUCCAAAAAUGAGGUGACUUCUGCUGCUGUGGCUGCUUUUCCAGCAGGGACUCGAGAUUCCCCUCUGACUCUUUCUGUUGACAAAGAUCCCUCUGCUGCCACUGGCAUAGCCUCCUACAACCCCUCCGGUUCAUUAAAUGUAGCUACCUCUUCUCCAUUAUCUCCUACAGCCUCUCUCAUUCUCAAAGGUUCUCCUGAUGCCACUCAUCAUCAGCCUUUGGUGGCCCAAAUUCCUGCUUCUCCAGAGAGUCCAAGCUUGAAAGAAGCUCCUGUUUGUUCUGUUGGAACCACCCCAUUUGUUAUGGCUAACCCCUCUACAGUUUCUGCAGCACCUACUACCUUUGAGAUAGCUACUUGUGUCUCUCCUCCAGUUUCAUCAGGUCCCAUAAGUAGUAAGGACUCCACUUCCCAUACUGCCCUUGUUAUGACUCCUGUGGCUCCCAAAGAGCUUCCUGCUCCUCAAGUAACAACCCCUCUGGGAAUACCAGUCUCUCCUUCUCUGCCAGCCCCUGAGAACCCCAAAAGUCUCCCUGCAUCAGUAUUGGUAAAGUUACCAACACAGAAAGAUCUCCAGACUUCACCUGCCUCUGUUGCUGGAGCCCCUGUUUCACCGGUCCAGGCAGGACUCCCUAUCAAGAAAGACCCUACUCUAAUACCAUUGGCCCUGGCAGCCCCUAAAAAUCCCCCCUCUUCCCAAAGUACAUCAUCAUCAUUGGAGAUCCCUCUUUCCCCUGAAACCACCUUAGCAAAGAAAAGCCUUGUAGAGCCUCUCCCUUUAGUUAUGCCAGCCAAUACUGCUCCCUCUCCUCUGGGUGUUAACUCUCCAACCUCUGUAAUCAAGACAGAUCCUUAUGCAAGCCCAGACCCCACGAGUCUGCUUCCCAGAAGUUCUCUCCCUACCCCAACCAUGGCUACAUUUUCUGCUGCCACUGCUGGGGUGGCUCCUACCACUAUAGCCAGCCCUUUCCUAGGAGCUGUCUCUUUGACUCAUAAAAGCCACCCAGAUAAGGAGGUUAGUUCCACUCUUACUAUUUUACCUUUGGUUCCACCAGCCUCCGAAAGUUGCCCUGUGGCUCCAACUGUGGCUUUACCCCCCCAGAAUGUUUCUGCUUUUCCAGCUGCCAUGGCACUGGCCCCCGAAAUUCCCAAGUCUGAGCCCUUUCCCUCUCUUCCUCCUCAAGGUGCAAAGAAAGUUCAUGGUAUUUCUCAUACCUCGGCAUUGGAACCUGUGGCUUCCUCUCCUGAAGGGCACCCAACCAAGGACUCUGGUUCUUCUGUUAAUACAUCUUCUCAAGGAACUUCCCUAGCUGACUCCACAUCUCGUUUAGGGACUAGUGUGUCUCCCCAAACUAAAAGACGUCCAACCAAGAAGGGUUCAACUACUUCUACCUUAACUCUUUCUAAAAGUGUACCUGCUGUCCCUGAUACUCCUCCUGGAAAUCACUCAUCCCCUAUUUCUCCAGUUGAAGCUUCCUUUCUUCCAGAGGCCGAUCUUUCUUUUCAAGUCCCUAAAGAGUCACUGGCCAAGAAGCAUUCCCCUACUCCAUCCCCCAAAGAGGCCCCAGAUACCCCAUCUCCCAAAGAGGCCUCCACUCCCCCAGCUGUGGCUCCUCCCUCCCCCAAAAAGUCCCAAGCAGCUCCAUCCCCCAAGAGAGCCCCAGCUACUCCAUCUCCCAAAGGAACCUCCACUGCCCCAGCUGUGGCUCCCCCCGCCCCCAAAGGGGGCCCAACAACUGUAUCCCCUAAAGAGACAUCCACUCCAGCAGUGAAUCCUUCCUGCCCCAAAGGGGCUCCCAGCCCCCAGGCCAUAGCUCCUCCCUCCCCCAAAGGGGGCCCAGCAACCCCAUCCCCUAAAGAGCCUUCCACUCCUCCAUCUAUGACUCCUUCCUCCCCCAAAGAGUCCCCAGCUACCCAACUUCCCAGAGGGGCCCCUACCCCAGAAGCUGUGGCUCCUGCCUCUUCCAAAGAGUCCCAAGCAACUCCAGCCCCCAAAAGAGCCCCAGCUGUGGCUCCUCCAGCCCCCAAAAAGUCCCAAGCAACUCCAGCCCCCAAAAGAACCCCAGCUACUCCAUCUCCCAAAGGGGCCUCCACUGCCCCAGCUGUGGCUCCCCCCUCCCCCAAAGGGGGCCCAGCAAUUCCAUCCCCUAAAGAAACCUCCACUCCCCCAGCUAUGACUCCUUCCUCCCCCAGAGAAUCCCCAGCUACCCAACCUCCCAACGGAGCUCCCACUACCCCAGCUGUGGCUCCUGCCUCUCCCAAAGAGUCCCAAGCAACUCCAGCCCCCAGAGGGGGCCCAGCAACCCCAUCCUCUAAAGAGACUUCCACUCCACCAGCUAGGACUCCUCCCUCCCCCAAAGGGGGCCCAGCGACCCCAUCCUCUAAAGAGACCUCCACUCCACCAGCUAGGACUCCUCCCUCCCCCAAAGGGGGCCCAGCAACCCCAUCCUCUAAAGAGACCUCCACUCCACCAGCUAGGACUCCUCCCUCCCCCAAAGGGGGCCCAGUAACCCCAUCCUCUAAAGAGACCUCCACUCCACCAGCUAGGACUCCUUCCUCCCCCAAAACUGCCCAACCUCCCAGAGAGGCCCCCACCCCUCAAGCUGUGGCUCCUGCCUCUUCCAAAGAGUCCCAAGCAACUCCAGCCCCCAAAAGAGCCCCAGCUACCCCACUUCCUAAAGGGACCCCCUUUGUCCCAGCUGUGGCUCCUCCCUCCCCCAAAAAGUCCCAAGCAACUCCAGCCCCCAAAAAAGCCCCAGCAAUUUCAUCUCCCAAAGGGUCCCCUAAUGCCCCAGCUGUAGCUCUUCCCUCCCCAAAAGAGUCCUCAGCUACCCAACCUCCCAAAGGAGCCCCCAAUCCCCCAAAAGAGACCCCCACUUCCCCAAUAAUGACUCCUGCCUCCCCCAAAGGGGCCUCAGCUGCCUCAUCUUUCAAAGGGACCCUUACUCCCUCAGCUGUGACUCCUUCUUCCCACAAAGAGUCUCCAGAAACUCCAGCCCCCAAGGGGGCCCCAACAACCCCACCUCCCAAGCGGGCCUCCACUCCCCCAGCUCUGACUCCUUCCUCCCCCAAAGAGUCUCUAGCUACCCCAUCCUCCAGAGGGACCUCAGCAACUCCAUCUCCCAAAAGAGCCCCAGGGACUCCAUCCUCCAAAGGAACCUCAGCAGCUUCAUCCCCCAAAAGAGCACCAGCUACCCCAUCCUCCAUAGGUGCCCCCACUCCCUCAUCUGAGAUUUCUCCCUCACCCAAAGAGGCCCCUAUAUCUCCAGUUUCAGUUACUCGUCCCUUGGGGUCCAUUGCCCCUCAGGCAUCUAAAGGCCUACCAAUAAUGAAAGGUCCCACAGCUCUUAAACCAGUACUUGUUGCCCCAGCUCCAGAAAGUGCACCAGUUGUCACAGUUCCCUCUGAGAAAGAUCCACUGGCCAAGAAGAGUUCUGCUACUCCACCUCCUGUGUGCCCCGAUCCCUCAGCCAAGAAUGGUACUAAAGGACCUCUUUCUACAAUGGCUCCAGCCCCUCUACUGACAGUCUCUGCUCAGAAAGCCUCUUCUCCAAAGACUCCCAAAACCCUUCCUGUUUCUCCGUUAAAAGGCAAAGAUUCUUUUCAUUCCCCAAAGAGCCCCUUGGCUCUUGCUCCUGAGUCUGUGACAUCUACCCCUCUGGCAACAGCUUCCUCUGAGAAGGUCCUUCCUAAUGCUGGAUCAGCAUCUAUCUCUCCAGCACCCACCCCACCAGUCUCUCUGCCUCUCCCUCCCUCCCCAGUUCCCCCUCUGCUUCCUAAACAGCAAUUUCUGCCGUCCUCACCUGGGCUGGUGCUGGAAUCACCCUGUAAGCCCUCAGCCCCUGCUGAUGAGGAUGAGCUGCCGCCUCUGAUUCCCCCGGAACCAAUCUCGGGGGGAGUGCCUUUCCAGUCGGUCCUCGUCAACAUGCCCACCCCUAAACCUGCUGGGAUCCCUGCCCCAACCCCCUCUGCCAAGCAGCCUGUUCUGAAGAACAACAAGGGGUCUGGAACAGAAUCGGACAGUGAUGAAUCAGUACCAGAGCUUGAGGAACAGGAUUCCACACAGGCAACCACCCAACAAGCCCAGCUGGCAGCAGCAGCUGAAAUCGAUGAAGAACCAGUCAGUAAAGCAAAACAGAGCCGGAGUGAAAAGAAGGCACGGAAGGCUAUGUCCAAACUAGGUCUUCGACAGGUUACAGGGGUUACAAGAGUCACUAUCCGGAAAUCUAAGAAUAUCCUCUUUGUCAUCACAAAACCAGAUGUCUACAAGAGCCCAGCUUCAGAUACCUACAUAGUUUUUGGGGAAGCCAAGAUCGAGGAUUUAUCUCAGCAGGCACAACUAGCAGCUGCUGAGAAAUUCAAAGUUCAAGGUGAAGCUGUCUCAAACAUUCAAGAAAAUACACAGACUCCAACUGUACAAGAAGAGAGUGAAGAGGAAGAGGUUGAUGAAACAGGUGUAGAGGUUAAGGACAUAGAACUGGUCAUGUCACAAGCAAAUGUAUCAAGAGCAAAGGCAGUUCGAGCCCUGAAGAACAACAGUAAUGAUAUUGUAAAUGCUAUUAUGGAAUUAACAAUGUAACCGUCUGAAAACGAGGACCCUUUUUUGGUGUUUCAAAAGAAUAACUGCAGCUUGGUUUGAAAUUUGUACUGUUUCUAUCAUUAAUAAAGUUAUGGCUUCUUGUUGGAUGAA